AUGUCUGAAGUCGCUGGAAGCACAGUGCAUCUGACGUCUAACAUGGCGGCUGGCGGCGGAGGCGACAGCAUGACGGAAUUCUACAAUGAAAUUGCGUCGCUCCAGGACAGCAUACGCGCUUUCAGUGACAACGUCGCCCGUAUCAGCGACCUCCAUUCGCGGUCUCUGAACAACAUGGACGAUGCCGCCGCACAACGGAACCAGCAAGACCUGGAGGAUCUCGUGCAAGAGACGAGUGCGCUGAGCUCCCAAUUGAAACGUAGGAUAAAGGAUCUGGAGCGGCAGGGUGGUGCUGGGAGGGAUGGCCAAAUCCGUAAACAACAGACGGCUUUGGUGAAGUCGAAGUUCGUAGAGGCUAUUCAAAACUAUCAGGGUGUUGAGCAGCAGUAUCGGCAGCGAUACAAGCAGCGGAUGGAACGGCAGUUCAAAAUUGUGAAACCGGAUGCCACACCAGAGGAGAUCAAGGCCGUCGUUAACGACGAGUCCGGCGGUCAGAUAUUCAGCCAAGCUUUGAUGAACUCUAACCGGUAUGGCGAGUCACGGGCAGCAUACCGUGAGGUGCAAGCGCGGCACGAAGAUAUCAAGAGGAUCGAGAGCACGCUGGCGGAGCUCGCACAGCUUUUCAAUGAUAUGAGUAUCCUUGUUGAGCAGCAGGAUGAGCAAAUCAACACGAUCGAAGCUACCGCUGCCAACGUCGAGAAGGACAUGGAAGUCGGUCUUAAUUACACCGAGAAGGCAGUGGACUCGGCUCGUGCUGCGCGAAAGAAGCGAUGGAUCUGCUUCGGUAUCUCACUUGUUAUCCUCGCCAUUAUUGCCAUCGUCGUCGCUAUCGAGGUCGUUCAGCGCGUCAACACGAACAAGAGUUCGUCAGAUGGCACUAAGACCGUCACGGCAAGUGGUUCAGCGGCUCCGUCCACCGCAGCCGCGGCGGCAGCUGCUGUCGCAACAGCAGUUGUCACUGGAACUCCAACCUAG